AUGAUUUCAGUCCAAAAAACUCGCAUUUCAAACUUAUCAGAUUUAGUUUCAAGGCUAUCCUCUGUUGAGCCUGUUGGAGACAGUAACUAUAUGCCUACAUAUAUUCCUUCAAUUCAACAGCAAGAUCGAUUAAUUGUUGAUCAAUUGUUAAAAAUUAAUCAGUCGCAAUAUCCAGUUUAUUUAGCUCAGAAUCCAUUUCCACUCAAAUACUUAGUUUCUACAUCAGAUAACGGUGCAGAACGUUUGAAAAACAUUCUUCAUUCAAUUCCAUCGAAAUUAGCAGUUGAAUAUGCAAGUGCAACAUUUGCACAACUAUUUAGAACAUCUUCUAUUACAGAAUUAGUUCAAACUCUUCGAAAAUCAAUUCAUAACAGACAAUUUCUUCAUUCUAUCGAAAACUUUGCCUGCACAUUAUUCAAUGCAGGUUCAUGUCGUCUUUUCACCCUACAACCCCAGCAAAAUCAGAUGGUUUCUUAUAUUGAUAAUGAUCGUUUUACUUUACAAGUUCCUUUAGGCCGUGGUAUUGUCGGUUGCUGCGCCAAAGCUGGCAAAGUUGUUGUUCUACAGUCCACAAAAGACUCUUCUUCAUACGAUCCCGAAAUUGAUGAUUAUUUCAACAUUGGCGACAACGCUGCAAUGUUAAUUCCCAUUUUCGACUCAUCUUCCAACUUUGUUAUUUCCGUUCUUUUAGUUCACACUCCCAAAGUUGGUGCCUUCUUUUCACCAGAAGAUCUCGAAAUUGGAUUGAUUUUAAGUACCCAGAUUUCGCCUUUCCUUACCAGCUACGUUGAGCACAUGGAGAAGAACGAUGACAGAGUUGUCCGCCAAGAGAUUGCUCACGGUGUAAACAUACUUUUAGGCAAAAAUACUCUGGAAGAAUUAUUGCCAACAAUUUUAUCAGUUGUUCAACACGCAGUUAGCACAAAUGAUGCAGAGUUGUAUAUGUACGAUAGCGAGCAGAAGAUGCUGUACGUGUUUGAACACCAAGUCGGAGCAGACGGAACUCAGUUCUUCGCAAGAAAAUACUUUAAAUCUACUUCAGGAGUUCCAAUGCACGUUAUUCAGACUUUACAAGUUCUCAAUUUCUCAAGAUUGAAUCCAGAGAAGUGCGAGUACUUCUCGAAAGAGUUCGAUCUCCCAGCGCUUGGCCAAUCCCUCAUUGCCGUCCCUGUUUUCGGCAUUGACAAGAAGCCGAUUGCUGUAUUGACAGCUUACGGAAAACGCGGUGCAAACAUGUUUUCAAGUGUUGAUGUUUCGAGUUUGCAACAAAUUGCUGUUCAAAUCGGUGUCAACAUCACAAACAUUUUAGCUGCACAAGCCGUACAAUCAGCCAAAACUAAAUCCAACAAUGUUGCAGGCAAUUUCGAGAAGCCAAUGCGUGCAAUUAUUUCAGCGAUGUCUUCAAAGAAUCCACAACAGAAGAAAUAUCAAAUCUGCGAAACAGUCGCUAAAGAAAUUGCUCAUGCUGUUAAUUGUGAUUUAGUUGCAAUUUGGGAUAUUGAUUCAAACAACAAAAUCAAGCAACAGUUCAUCCUUAAAUCUACAAAUCCUUAUGCACAAACUGUGAACGUUCCUCCUUUAGUUCAACAGGCAAUUUCGAAGAAGGAAACACUGGAAUACUCUGUUGCAAGCGAACUUCGAAACAUGUUGGGAACAUUUGAUGAAGAAACGAACUACAAAUCUUAUUCGAAUAUAACAUUUCCAUGUGUUUCAAGCGAAGUUGAUGAUUGCAAAUGGGUUAUUAUGUGUGAGAAUUCUUUGAAUGCACAAGGAAGAUUCAGUGAACAAGACAAACAAUUGAUAUCUGAUUUCAGUUUGUUCUUAGUUCAUUUCGGAGAUCUCACAAACGCUUUGAAUUCUCUCGACAAAGCUUCAAGAAUUUCUCAAAUCCACAAAUCACUGUUUGAGAAAUUGAUUCCUACAUCGCCUGAUAUAACUGAUAGACUUCUUAACGAGCUUGCAACACAACUAAACGCUAAUGAUUUCGCUUUGUACCAUAUAGAUAAUGUCUCCGAACAAUUAUCUCUUAUUUCGGCUGCGGAAGGAUCAUUGGCAAGUAAAAACGCUCAGUUAAGUCAAGGGUUGGUCGGACAAGUAGCAACAAAUGGACAAACUGUGAACACGACGGAACUUUCCAAGCACGAUGUCUACAAUGCUGCUGUUGAUUCACUUGGAAAGAAUCCUGAGAACGCCUUGAUUAUUAAGAUUUCUGAUGAUUUGGUUCUUGAAUUAACAGGAGAAAACGCUUUCACGCAAAUCGACGAACAAGCUGCCAUGGAAAGCAAAUACAUAAUUGCUCAAUCAGUCGACAUCACGAAGAACCUCGGAGAAGCGAAAUCAAGUGCUGUUGGAGGUGGAGUUUCGACGGAAGAAAGAGCAAGUUUCAUGAGUAGAGCGUCGGCACCGACAAGGUCAGAUAUCGAAGAGUAUUCUGAUAGAUUAUUUAACAUUUUGUCGUAUAACGAUGAUGACAGGAUGAUCAUGAUCUUGAAGUUGUUUGUGUCUCAAGGCGUCAUCAGAAAAUUGCAAGUUCCGUUCCAAAAACUCACUCAAUUCAUUUGUUCUUUGAGAAGUUGCUACAAUGUAACUCCUUACCACAACUGGACACACGCGUGCGAUGUCAUGCAAUUCGUGUUCAGCUGUAUAAUAAGAGGCCAUUUGCGCCAGUAUUUGAACGAUUUGGAGAUUUUCGCACUUUUGUUGGCAGCAAUUUGUCAUGAUGUUGAUCACCAUGGCUUAAACAACGCUUUCCAUAAGAAGGCAAGGACACCACUCGGUAUAUUAUACGAGGACAAGCCUGUCAUGGAAAUGCACCACUGCGCAACAGCAAUUCGUCUUUUGGCAAUGCCAGAACAUGACAUUUUGGAAGGAAUAGAAUCAUAUGCUGACAAAUGUCACUUUUAUGAAUUUUUCAUCAAAAUUAUUUUGGCGACAGACAUGGAGAAACACAUGCAGUACAUCAAGGAUUUCGAAGAAGUCACGAAAGAGUUCGACAAGAGAAACGAAAAGCACAGACUUUUGUUGGCACAAAUCGUCAUCAAAGCUGGAGAUUUGUCAAAUACAACAAGAGCUUUCGACACAGCCGCAGCAAUGGCAACAAACUUAAUGGAAGAGUUCUUCAAACAAGGAGAUCUUGAAUCUAAACUUGGUGUUGAAAUCACUCCAAUGUGCGAUAGAUCCAAAGCAACUCAUAUUUCUUGUUCUCAGGUUGGAUUUUAUGGUUUCUGCGCAAGUCCAUUGUUGACUGCAUUAGGAAAGUUUAUUACUUCUCUCGCUGAUAAUACUGAACAGUUGGAGAAGAAUAAGAGAGUCUGGGAACAACAGAAGAUUCAAUGGGAACAAUCCCAGCAACAGAAAUAA